UUCGAUCCAAAAAAAAUUCCAGGUACGCAGACUCGGCGAGACUCGGGGAAACUCCCAGGCAGUUCAUUCAUUGCGCAUGGUCGAAGGGGCGGCUGAUUUGGCUUCGUUGGCAGUAAUUUAACUUUAUUUAUUUAGUACUAAGUGGAUCAUGAUAAGUGAAGGAAUUUUGUUUGGUCUUGGCAAUCCUCUUCUAGACAUCUCAACUCCAGUUACUCAGGAAUUCCUUGAUAAGUAUGAGCUUAAGGCAGACAAUGCAAUUCUUGCAGAAGAUAUUCACAAACCAAUGUACAUUGAACUCGUCAAAAAAUUCAAAGUGGACUACAUACCUGGCGGAGCUACACUGAAUUCCUUGAGGGUUGCACAGUGGAUUAUAGGUGAACCCAAUCGUGCUACAUUCUUUGGAUGUGUUGGUAAAGAUGAUUUUGCUAAGACACUACUUGAGAAGGCAAAGGAGGAUGGAGUGAAUGUUCAUUAUGAUAUUAACGAGGAGGAAGCCACUGGUACCUGCGCUGUUCUCAUUACAGGAAGCAACAGGUCUCUAUGUGCCAAUCUUGCUGCUGCUAAUUGCUAUACAAUUGAACAUCUUGAAAAAACAGAAAACUGGGCAUACGUUGAAAAAGCUUCAUUCUACUACAGUGCAGGGUUCCAUUUAACAGUAAACCCAAAAGCCAUGUUGAAAAUAGCAAAGCAUGCUUUUGAGAACAAGAAGACAUACUGUCUAAACUUAUCAGCACCAUUUCUCAGCCAGUUCUUCAAGGACCCAAUGAUGGAAAUUCUACCUUACGUUGACUUUAUGUUUGGAAAUGAAACUGAAGCUCUCCAAUUUGCCAAGGACCAAAACUACGAGACAGAAGAUUUGAAAGAAAUUGUCAAAAAAAUUGCGGCAGAGAAAAAAAUAUCCGAGCAAGCCAGAGUAGUUGUUAUUACUCAGGGAGCAGACAACACGCUUGUCUGUAAAGAAGGAGAGUUGAAGGAAUACCCGGUCAUAAAAAUUGCAGAUAAGGACAUUGUGGACACAAACGGGGCUGGGGAUGCAUUCGUUGGAGGAUUUCUAGCACAGCUGGUACAAGGAAAGGAUAUUGAACAGUGUAUAAAGUGUGCCAACUAUGCUGCUAACUAUGUCAUCAAACAAUCAGGAACCUCAAUCAAUGAUAAACCAGAUUUUGAAUAG